GAUUUCCCGACCUCCGGGGUUGGAUGAGAAGCGCGGCGGCGGAGGAGGAUGCGGAAGGCGUACAGGGACUCCCUCAAGGUGCUCGAAGCUGACAUCCAGCACGCCAACACCCUGGCGACUGAAUUUCCCCGGGAGUACGAUGGCGCCUGCCUGCAGAUGCGGCUCUCUUUUAGCCCCGCCGCUCACAUAUUCCUCUUCCUCGUGCAGUGGACUGACUGCAGCCUCGCGGGGGCUCUCGGUCUGCUCAGGAUACUCAUUUACAAGGUCUAUGUCGAUGGCACAACCACCAUGUCGACCCAUGAGAGGAAAGCCAGCAUCAAAGAAUUCUACGCUGUCAUAUUCCCGUCCCUGCUGCAACUGCAGAGAGGGAUCACCGACAUGGAGGACAAGAAGCAGAAGGCCGUGUGCAUGGAGAGGUACACAAGGAGAGACGGAGACGAAACCAGCAGCGUAUCCGAGGCCGAUGCCGAGAGGGAAGACGAAUGCGGGAUCUGCAUGGAGAUGAACAGCAAAGUCGUGCUGCCCAACUGCACGCACGCUAUGUGCCUCAGAUGCUAUCAGGACUGGAACUCAAGAUCACAGUCCUGUCCAUUCUGCCGGGACAACCUGAAGAAGACUGACCCUGGUGACUUGUGGAUCUACGUCGAGGAGCAAGACGUGGUCGACAUGGAGACGGUGUCCAGAGAGAACCUCAGAAGGCUGUUCAUGUACAUAAACAAGCUGCCUCUGAUUGUGCCUGAUGUCAUCUUCAGUGUUUAUGAUUCCCACAUAAAAUGAAUGGCACUUGUCUGCUUAUCAAGGUCCUCAGCCAAGUGCCCUGUUCAUUAAUCUAUGCCCGAAGCCCUCUGAUUCCAUGCUUAUACUGAAGCUCUUCGAAAUGCCUGGACUGUCGCGUUUAUAGUCGCAAGCCUUCUGUUUGCUUUUUUAGAUCUUAUUUAGUGCAUGCUUUCAUGCUUAAGUUAAGCACAUCCAGCCAGUUUGUAUAUAUCUGACAUUGGUUCUGUUAAUAGAGAACUUGAGCUUGCCCCGAAUGGAGGCGGUGCUGUUUGCUUU